AUGGCCCCAUCAUCCCGUCCGCUGGCCCGCCCCGGACAGUAUCGUCUCCUAUGCGUCCCCAGCAGCAGACUGGCUUCGAUUGCACAUGCUUGUCCAACGUGUGCCAGCGCCGCCCUCCGACGGAGGCGCGAUGCCGGCUCUCGACGACACCACUCCAACGCCAUCAGCCCCCGAGUAGAGCUCGAGAAAGCGCUGCUGCAGCUUCAGAAAAAAGCCCCGCACCUGACCGACACCUCGAGACUCCAGCUGGCGCUGCAGGGACUGCGAGCAGCGGCAGGAGAGGAGCUGGUUCGAGUGGCGAUCCUGGGACUGGGGACCGGCUCCCACGCUGGGCCGACAGCAAGAAGACUUGUGCGCGCCAUCCUCGCUGACCCCCUGCAAGACGAGCAGCCGUGGGAGAAGGAGCUGGAGAGCUGCGACGGGCGAAGACCACUGGUCGUGCGCGUCGGACCGCCCCGGAAGCUGCACGCCGUCUCGCUGGUCAUCGAGAGGGAGAAGGACUGGGAUGAGAUGCACGUCUCGUCGCCGCAAUUUGACGACUACAACCUCGAGUUUAUUCUCAUCGAGGGCAACCAAGCGCCCGGCGAUGCUGGACUGGAAGGCUUGCUCGUUCCGGCUGCCGAUAUUCGCACCGCCGCCGGCAGAUCGGCGCCGGCGCCGGCGCCCCUGCCGGUCCCGGUACACCAAGCUCUUGCUGUCGCCGACGGGUUCAGGGGCGCCGUCAGCGUGUCGCUUCUCCCCGUCUCUCUGCCGGCCGACAUGGUCAACGCAGCCGUGCAGAUGGAAGGGGUAACCGGGCAGCAGCUCAAAGUGCCGUUCCCCAUCGUGGACGUGUCGCUGGCCGAGCGUGGCGUGGGCUUAUUUCGGCAAGGACCGCAGCAUGCCAUGGAAUAUGAGCGCUUGUGGUCCUCCAGCAACGUCCCGGCCCUGACGAGGUGGCUCAAGGACGGCGCCACGUCUGCCGCCGGCGCGACGAAACCCGCCGUGAGAAACCUCGUUGGAUCCUUGCUGCAAAACACCUUGGACCGAGCUCAGCUGCUCGUAGCGCAGAGCUCGGCCCGAGACUCGGCAGGCACGCUGGCAGGCACGCUGGUAAGCGGCGACCGCUACCCCGGUGUGCUGGGUAGCGGCCCGGCCGACUGGGCGCAACGGGCUCACACGGAGCUGCAAGAGGAGCUGGACCUGGCCUUCAGUGGCCGCCGAUGGCGGAAGCUGGGGUGGUGGAAGCUCUUCUGGCGCGUCGACGAUGUCGCCAUGCUCGCCAACGAAAUGCUCUGCCGACGCUUCCUGCCCACGGCAGAGCAGGAGCUGGUGUACCUCGCGGGACGCGUCGCCCAGACGAGCCGCUCCCUGCCAGAGUAUCCCCAGCCCGCCUCGGCUGCCCGGGCGACACGCACGGAUCGACCGCUCGCUUCGGGAGAGCGCGCGCCGGCAGCUUCCCACGCGUCGUUUUCUGCCUUGCCCAAGUGGCCGGGCCACGUGGCGUUCGCGCGCCGCUACCUGCAGAACGAGACCGUCCCGGCCCUACAAUCUCUAGCCCAGAAACUGGUCCUCCAGGCCCUGGGAACAUCCGCCACGACCACCUCCCUCGCUGCGCUCCUGUACAUUUCAUCCCUCUCGUCCACUGUGUACGACGCCGCUGCGGUCGCAGCCCUGGGCAUUGUCUACGGGCUAGGCCGGUUGCAGAGGAAGUGGAAUGCCGCGCGGGCAUUCUGGGAGGGCGAGGUCCGCGAGGAGGGACGCAAGGCCGUCAGAGCAGCAGAGGAGAGCCUAGCCACCGCGCUGAAAAAUCACGCAUCAAAAAAGGCGGCGCAGGGUCUCGAGGGUGCGGAAGAAGCCAAGCAGCUGGUUGCCAAGGCCCAGGAUGCAUUGGCCAAGAUGAAGUAG